AUGGCAUUACAGAACAACCACCAUUCGGUCACCGGGUCCACCAAAGACCCGGAGAACGGACCAGCAGUCGCAGCGUCGAUAUUCACAGCUGUAGCCGUUUACGCUUUCUUCAUGGUAUUUUGCGGCAUACAAGCCUUCCUACACGUCCGAUCGAGUCGAAGAGGCGCAAUAUCGUUGAACUGA